CUAAUUUGGAAAUAGCAUCAUCGAUGACAUUAUAACGUGACAUUAGUUUCUUAACUGAUCUGCUUCAAUAACACAGAUGACAUUAAACCACAGAUGUAUCAAAAAAUAAAGCCCUGUGAUUGUGUGAGCUCUGGGGAACAAGGGGCAGCGACUCGUGCAUUUCUCUUUGCUGCCUCAGGGGCCCUAAGCCACCAUCUUUCACAAAGGAGAGGGUUUGGCCUCGGUUUAUCACACUCUAAUCACAUCUUAAAAGCUGAUCUUCUAAAAACUAUGAGAACAAUGUGGCGACAAGGAGAUAUUCGGACAGUUCAGGAGAAACUAACCCAGUAGGAUUUACAGUCGAUUGUUGUUAAUAUGAAAGGGAGAUAUUUCGUAUGUGACGCCCGUCAUUUUAUUGAGGUUUACAUUUUAUAACUGUAAAAUGAUCGACUGAGAUUUUGCUUCUAAAAUCCAGAGCGCUUGCUGGCGAAGCAUGGAGCUAAUACCACGUCUAGAAGUUGUUGGCACGAAGGUGAAAGGCAAGUAUUACAACAACUACCAUCAGAAUGGAACUUUCGAUCCCGGAUUAGCAUCGCCAGAUUUUUUCAGCGCUAUGGGAAUGUCGCCAAAUUAUAAGGGGCCCUUGAAUUUCGACUCAUUUCCCCAAACAUUUAAUCCUAACUCAGGAUUUGACAACGACUCACUGAAUGGAUCCCAAGUGCAGCUAAUACGUCAUAAGAAGGAGAGAUCCAAAAGAACGGCCAUGCUGAUUGGUUUCGGUGUUCUGCUCAUGGUGCUAGCAGCUUUCGUAGUUGUUGUCGGAUUUCUUGGAGCUGAACUCAAUGCUGACAAGAACAAGAAUGUAGCAGCCAGUGAAAUGUCUUCUGAAGCGUUGACGCAGGUCUUGGCUUCUAGGGGCUUUUCCGUUUCCUCCCCCAAAGGUGCAGACGUCCUGCAGAUAUCUCCUGGUGUAAGUCAAACCAGCCAGCCACAGCCGUCUGUACAGGUCGUGAUAACAACAACAGCUAGGGCUACUCCUGCUCCUGUAGCUGUGUUACCAGCUUCAGCUACUCCACCUCCUGCAAGUCCACCCAACCCUACACAAGUUGUUCAACCACCGGAGGUAUAUACAGCAACAACAACGACAACAACACUCUCAACCACGAUGACCUCACCACCAGCACCGUCUCCUGUAGUGAUCCCACCAAGACUCUUGGUUCCGAACGACGCACAUGCUUCAUCGCCAGCAACUCCGGCUCCCUUCACAACUUCAAUAUCUACCACUUUAACACCCAGUACUACAGCGCAAACUACAUUGUUGACAACACCAUCAACAACUACCACAAUGCCAUCAACAACAUCGACUACACCGUCCACAACGACAACUACACCGUCCACAACGACAACUACACCAUCCACAACCACAACAACACCGUCCACAACGACAACUACACCAUCCACAACGACAACUACACCAUCCACAACCACAACAACACCGUCCACAACGACAACUACACCGUCCACAACCACAACAACACCAUCCACAACAACAAGUACAACAGCCCCAUUCACAACGACAACACCAUCUACAACGACGACAUCAACGACAACAACACCAUCAACAACGACAACGACAGCAUCAUCGACGACAACCACAACAUCUACAACGACGAUCACACCAUCCACAACGACAACCACUCAAUCAACAACGUCGACCACUCCGUCUACUACGACUACAACAACACCACGACCAACCACCCUUUUGAAUUCACUUUUUAAUGUUUCAUCUGAAACACCCUCGACCCCACAGACAAAUGCGCAGAGCACGGCGGCACCACCACCAGCAGUAACAAAUCCUCCAGUUGGCGAUACAAAGUUGAAGAUCAUUUUAAGACCUAUGACCUUGACCGGAGCCACCUUCAUAGGCUGCAACUACACAGAUCCGAACCCUCCUCCUGUGUUGAUUAUAUUCCGUGUGGAGCCUUUGAAAGACCCGAUACCUUUGGUUAUUUUCCCAAGAAAUGCAAGCAUAGUUUUGCAUGAGACUCUGAACACUACAAUCUAUAAAGCGGCAGCCCAGUUGACAGGUUUGAGUAAACUGUUUGCCUUGCAAAUAUCUCGAGUCAAAUGUCAAGACCUCAAAAGUUACACCUGCUACAUCCCAGCAACGCCUGAAACUCCGGAAAUGAUAUCUGAGGGUCAAAGUGUCAUGAGUUUGCCAAAAGAAAUACAGAACGUCACUGCUUUGGUACCUUCAAAAAUCCUUGCCGGACAGAGCACUCGAAUGGCGUGUACAUCUAUAGAGAUGACUAACAAAACAGUGUCUUGGGAGUUAAUGCCACCUCAGGGUACCAGCUUCUCUCCCUUUGAAUUUCCUGGUCAGAGACAUGUUCCUACACAGUCAAAUAUAACAUCUGAUUUUAACUGUAACAUUUACGGCUCCAAUCUCUUGGUACAGCAAACAUUUGAUCUCAGCCUGAACGGGUCAAAAGUCAGAUGUGUCUCUGGAACGACAGGGGCCACGUCAAGCCCAGUAACUCUGAAUAUUUCUACCAGCUAGUUAUUUCGAGGUUGUGGAACUUUUAGAGAGGAACAAGACUACCCAAGACUACAACAAACUAUUUGGAAGUCCAUACAGAACGUCUAUUUCAUUCUGGAAGUUUUUCAAUGAAUAAAUUCCAUAUUUGCACACAUAUAUAUAUAUUAAUAAAUACUAAAAAAAAAAAAAUAUAAUGGAAUAUUUUACAAGCAUAUUUUU